GAGACGGCAUAUUUUCCAGCCGAUCACACUGCAGAUAUGAUUGCACAAGGUCUGAAAGAUAUGCUUUCUGAAUGGGACCUCGCGGAAGAAAAACUUUCAGCCAUUACGACAGACAACGGUGCUAAUCUUGUCAAAGCUGCUGCGCUUAAUGGAUGGUUACGGCAGCAGUGUUUUGGACACCGACUACACCUUGCAAUUGAAAAUGGAUUGAAAGAUCAACGUGUGACACGUGCAGUGAGGGUGUGCAAAAACAUAGUCAGUGCUUUUUCCUAUAGCUGGAAAAAAAGAAGGCAUUAAUGAAGGUGCAACAAGAACUGAACCUGCCACAACACAAGCUAAAAACAGCAUGCGUUACCAGAUGGGGAUCGAUGAAAAUGAUGAUUGCAAGAGUCCUCGAACAAAGGAAAGCUAUUACACAGAUCCUUUCUGAAGACAAAAAAUCCAGGCACCUUGUUCCAUCGUGGGCUGACCUGGAUGUCUUAGAGGCUGUCAGCAAGGCUCUUUCCCCCUUGAUGGAGUUCACAGAUGCCCUAUCAGGGGAAGAGUAUGUGACCAUUUCAUUUGUAAAGCCUGUACUGCACAUCCUCAAUUCACGAGUGCUUGCAGAAGAGGAAGAUGAUGUGGAGCUGACUAAAACUAUCAAAACCAGCAUCCUCAGGUACCUUAAGGAGAAGUACUCAGAUCCUAUCACAGAAGAGCUACUGGACACAGCCAGUUUUGUUGACCCAUAUUUAAAGCUACCUACAUUUCUGCUCACAAUGUCCCCACCAUUCAGGAGAAAGUGAAAACAGAGAUGGAGAAGAUGUCAGAAGCUGAAGUCUGC